AUGCGACAGCUGCUUCUUGGAGCGCAGUCAGCGUCCUACGCUGCUGCUUUUCCAGCCCUUUCUGAGGUAUAUGCCCUCAGCAGCAUUCUAGAUUCUGAAGACGCGGUUUCAGGUGCAGAAAUCGCGCUCACCGCAGCGUCAGCCACAGGCUCAAUCAGCACAGAAGGCACGGGCGAACGCGAAGGGAGAGACACAGCCUGCAGCACUCGCAGCAGCAGUGAGGAUCGCACACCUGCGCAGCCUCCAGAAAACGGAGGUUCAAAGGUGACCUCUCACACCCUUCCGCCUUCGGAUUACCGACUCUCUGCGCCACCCAAAGGCAUCGUUCUCUCUCAGGAACCUUCGGUUGUUGCGUCGAUCCCAAACAUCGUAGCCGGAAGCAACAGGAGCAAUGAGUGCGUCGGAAGCAACAGCAGCAAAGCCUCUGCUGCUUCCCACGUUAUGGCCCAGCAACAGCAUCAACAACAGCAACAGCAACAACAGCAACAACAACAGCAACAGCAGCAACAGCAACAGCAACAACAACAGCAUCAGCAGCACGCCUAUCCCCCCCCCGCUGCCUCCCUGAGGAAGGCAGGAGCAGGCGCUCACUACUUGCAGCACCUGGAUGCCAUAAGGGGAGCUGGCGUUCAAGGAGCCUCAAGAGCGGCCCCUCGGAAGAGCGGAGGAAGCACCAUGAUGAGCAGAGUGCCCUCUGGGAGUCCAUUGGGUUCGAGCCGCCGUCUCGCGUAUCCUCUGAAUUGUUUGUGUUUGCAGCCUCUUUCUGAUGGCUGUUUUCGAGCAAUUCCGAGAGUUCACCAAAGGGAUGGCCAUCGCCAGCGAGUUGCUGGUGUAGACGUGUGGCGACUGCCGGAUGGGUGCAUCGUUCCUCGCAUUGAGGGGGCGCCCCUUUCCGCGUACUUGUUUGAGCGUGCUGAGGCGUUGGGGGAGCUGGAGGCAGCUCUUCUUUCGUGUGUUCAGUUUCUGUACAAGGAAGGCAUCAAGCCUUUCGCGGGGGAGAUUGCUCACCAGCUGCGAAAACGCACGAACGCAGGAUCCUGGCUGCCUUCCGAGGUGGUGGCGCUCGCCAUGGCGAGCAGUCAGCAUGUGCACCCCAAAGUUGAGAGGCGCGUCAAGGGCGAAGACGGCUGGGUGAUUCUCCUGAAAAAGCACCUCGAACCAGAAGGCUUCGAGGGAUUCGUUGACACCCGCGCCAAGGAAAACCUGUACUCGCAAGAGCAGUGGCUUCACUUCAACAGGUAUUUCAUAGAGAAACUGCGGCAAAGCAGUUUGUCGCCUUCCUCCUUCACCGAAGGCCGCUACGCGCUAGCGGAGCGCAUGCGCGAGGAGGUGCCUGCCUUUCGCACCACGCGUCUCGCGCACUUAAUUCGCAUGAUUCAGCUAGCCAGCUGGAAUCGAGUGCUCACGUACAGAGACAAAGCCCUAAUACCAGUCGCCGCAUGCCCUGCAGCGGCGAAGGAGUUCAUCCAGCGGCACUGCAUGGAUCCGCAAGGCGAGAAGGCGGCAGCUACGGCUGCCGCUGUUGCUCACCUUUUGAAGGUCAUGAAACGCAUCGUGAAUCCUGAGCCGCUCGGCAUUUUUUUGGCGCAGCUGAAAGACUUGGUCCGCUGGACGACUCAUGAACGGCUGGACGCUGGGGUGUAUGGACACCCCAAGCUGCAGGAUCUGCUGCUUUCCGACCCGUUCUCGCGCUUCUACCGUCUGUACACCCCAGAGGGCAACGACCACUGCACCUACGUGCAAUCCAAGCAGUACUUGCUCCCGAAGGGCGCUGUCAUUCACAAGAAAGCAACAGUUCUCUGGAGGCACCGAGAGUGCCCCAUGGGAGGCUCUGCCACACCCCUCGCAGACAGCCGUCUGUGGGAAUUUAAGGCUCUCGUUCCUCUGGGGGCCUUUGCCGAUGCGGAGGAAGCCUCAUCACGUUCUCCGGAUGCAUGGAAUCUGCAGCAACAGCAGCAGCAGCAGCAGCAGCAACAGCAGCAGCAACAGCAGCAGCAGCAACAGCAGCAGGCGCUGCUGAUGGAACAGCAGCAGCAACGUCAGCAGCAACAACAGCAGCUGCAGCAGCAGCAGCAACAACAUCAGCUGCAACAACAGCAACAACAGCACCAGCUGCAGCAACAACAGCAGCAGCUGCAACAGCUGCAGCAACAACAGCCCGCUGUGCCUCCGCAACUGUGGACGCCGUUGGCAAUUGAAACCGAAGCGGGAGCAUCCUUGUGUUCUUCAAAUCCUUUUUACAAGGCCGCUGCGCCUCCUGUGGUGCAGCAGCCACAGCUACACCCCGGCAGCAGUCUUCUAAAGCCUUCUUUGUGCAGCGGAUCUGACGCGCGAGGCACAGGAGACGCGCGAGGCACAGGAGACGCGCGAGGCACAGGAGACGCGCGAGGCACAGGAGACAAUGCGCACUGGACAGACGGCGAGAAUGCCGCCGACACCUCUUUGAGCAUUGAGGCAUCGCUCCUCCAGCUCGUUGAGGAGACUCCCGGGUGUCAUCCUCGGAGGGUGUUGACACCUCAGCACUUCCAUGCAAGGGCUUGUUUUCUCGCAAUCUGCCGAGGAGCGGGAAGCCUCGAGCUGCUCCCUAGGCGGGGGAGGCACUGCUGCGACUUCGCAGGCGCUGGAAGCUCCGCAUACCCACGUCUCGGAAAUGCAGCUGCAGGAGCAGCGGCAGCAUGCGCGACAGCACGCCCAGCAGCCACAAAGGCCGCUGAUGGUGCCAGUUGUGGGGAGGGGAGAUCUCCAGAGCUCUCCCCUCGCGGUGAUGCAUCCUGCCCUUGCUGA